AUGAUCGCCACCACGAACACCAUCGCGCGCCCGUGCGUCGCGCAGAGGACGACGGUUCGCAAGACGCGCGCGGUUCGCGUGCACGCGGGCAAGGGACCGAACGUCGAUCGCACGACUGGUUAUAUUGAGAGCGAUAACACGGGUAGUGGUAACAUCUUUGCGAUUGAGCCGCGCCAGUUGUACACGGAAUCGCCGACGAGCGACAAGUACGCCAAGCAAGGUUUGGGCGGUAUCGGCGGCGUCAUCGUCGCGGUCGGUGUGCUCGGAGCGGUGGCGUUCGCGACGAAGGGUUUGGCCGGCUUCGAAGAAGCGAACAAUGAGUUCGCAAACUACAACGGACCGAGUGUUUCCGCGCUCGAGCAACAGUUUGAGCGUUGAGCGACUCGAAUCCUCCGCGCCGAGCGGUGGCGCGAUUCCAAAAUCAACGCCGCUCGCGCGCUUCUCUCAAAUAGCCCGCGCUCGUCGAUGCGAUCGCCGUAAAUGAUUGUUUGUGAUCGAUGUAUAUGUUUUGCCAC